ACACAAACCCGACCACCGCCAUCCCCUUUCCCAGGGGUCCGCCGAGGGCAGCGGCUGCCUGAUCCAGCGGCGGCCUCCGGGAGGCAGGCGGGGGCUUUUGUGGCGGCCCUCGGGGGGGCGAGCCGAGCCGAGCCGGCUGCGCCCGGUCUCCCCCGCGCCGCAGAGCAGCGCACCGCGGCUCCCGUGCGUGUGUGCGCGGUAGUGCGGGCCUGCGGGAGCCGGGGCUGAGAGAGACUCUCGUCGGCCCCGGGGAGGGAGCAGGGAUGUUUCCUCCGGUGCCGGCGCGGCGGUGCGCUGGGGUGAGUGACCCCGGCCGGCCAAGGAUGAUCACGAACACGCGGGGCUUCCUGUGGUCGGACCUGGAGACGCGGGCGCUGCUGGAGAUCUGGGGCGAGGCGGACGUGCAGUCGGCGCUGGACGGCAACUUUCGGAACAGCCAUGUGUACCGGGACGUGGCCUGCCGCCUGGCCGAGCUGGGCUUCGAGCGCACCCCCGAGCAGUGCCGCAUCCGCAUCAAGGGCCUCAAGCGCCAGUACUACCAGGCCCGGGACGGGCUGAAGAAGAACGGGCACGCCCGCAAGAUAUGCAAGUACUACGACGAGAUGGACCGGAUCCUCAGCUGCCGGGGGGGCCCCGACGGCGCCCCGGAGCCGCUGGCCCCCCCGCCCGACGGCGCCCAGCCGGCGGGGCCGCUGGCCGGGCCGCCCACGCCGGGCACGCCGCACAACAGCCGCGAGGUGGACGCCGAGCUGGACGAGGACGCCGAGCUGGAGUCCCCCCGCGACAACUUCACCGAGGACUCCGGCGAGUGCUCCUCCUACGCCGACCACCCCAUCAAGGUGGAGUGCCCCCCCUUCGCCAUCCCCGUGCCGCCGGGCGACGGCUUUAAAGAAAUCAAUGCUCCAACUAUUACCCCACCUCUCAAUCAGCCCAAAAGAUCAAAAAAACGCCAUGCAAAUUUAACGUUGGAUAAAAUGAUGGAAAAAUUCCUGCAGCAGAGUGUGGACACGGAAGAGAAAUUUUACAGAUACGAAGAGCAGAGGCUCAAAAUUGAGGACAAGCGUCGGGAAGCUGAGCAUGCUCGAGAGCUCCAGAUGUUACAGAUGUUGGGACAGAUGUUGGCAGGAAUUUCUUCUACGGUAUCACAAAGGUCACAAUCUAUACCAGCGAGUCCACCUCAGAGAGCGAACCAUCGUUCGUAUGGGGAUAACUUUAAUUAUAAUGCUAUGACAGCAGCACUUUCUCCACCGAUAGUUAUAGAGAGAUCUUUUUCACUGCACAGAACACACUCUCUAAAGGAUAUGGAGAAUAUUUUUCAACUGGUGCGCAAUGUUAUCCCUCCUCUAACAGGGAAAAGGCAUAAAGGUCAAGAUGGACGUAUAGGCAUUGUUGGAGGAUGUCAAGAAUACACUGGAGCACCAUAUUUUGCUGCAAUUACAGCUCUCAAAGUGGGUGCAGAUUUAUCCCAUGUGUUUUGUACCAAAGAUGCAGCAACAGUAAUCAAAUCAUAUAGUCCAGAGCUGAUUGUUCAUCCAGUUCUUGAUAGUCCCAAUGCUGUCCAUGAGGUGGAAAAGUGGUUACCACGACUGCACUCAGUUGUCAUAGGACCUGGCUUAGGUAGAGAUGAAGUUCUACUUGAGAACGCUAAGGGUAUUAUAGAAAAAUCAAAAGUGAAAGGAAUUCCUAUCGUUAUUGAUGCUGAUGGACUGUGGCUCAUUUCCCAGCAGCCUUCUCUUAUUCAAGGCUACCAGCGAGCUAUUCUUACUCCAAACUACAUGGAGUUUAGUAGACUGUAUGAAGCCAUGCUUAGAGACCCCGUAGACAGUAGUGAUCAUCAUGGAUGUGUAUUAAGACUCAGCCAAGCCAUGGGGAAUUUGACAAUUGUUCAAAAGGGAGAAAGAGAUCUUAUUUCAGAUGGAGAGAAAGUACUUGUAUGCAGUCACGAAGGAAGCAGCCGGAGAUGUGGUGGACAGGGGGAUCUCCUUUCUGGUUCUCUUGGAGUCUUAGCGCACUGGGCAUUUCUUGCUGGAGCAGAAAAAACAAAUGGUCAAAAUCCCUUUCUAGUGGCUGCAUUUGGAGCUUGCUCUCUUACGCGGCAGUCUAACCACCAAGCCUUUCAAAAAUUCGGACGUUCAAUGACUGCCUCUGACAUGGUUUCAGAAGUUGGAACAGCUUUUAACAAACUUUUUGAAACCUGAAGCCAAAGCAGCAGAGAAGAAGAAAAGGAAGAACACUGACUGCAAGAGUAAUUACAUUUACCGUAGAAUUUACAUAAGUAAUGCACCCUUUCAAGUGCUGUAGCAGCAUUGGUAUGCUAGGUAGACUUUUUUUAUUUUUAAGAAUAGAAAAAUAUGAUUAAUGUAGAUAUUUUUUAAGAGUUUGGAAUACAAAAAUGUUUUGGCUGAAAUAAGCUGUAGUUGCAGAUCUGUUAUAAUAUAAUAAAACUAAACUGAAAGUAUUCCUCUGUUCUUUUUGAUAGUUAUUGAGCAAUAACUAAAGUGUGAAGAGCAAAAAAAAAAAAAAUGCACUUGAUACUUAGAUAAAAUUCUUCCACCAGCUCAACUGAAUUUCUUGGAUUGCACCAAGGUUGUCAUGUUUUCAUUCUUAGACCCUCUGUCUAGAAUUAGCUAUUGCACUUCAUUUUUUGCCAUGCUAGUAUAUUAAGAAGCAAAAAGUAAGCCUCUUUGGAAAGGGAAUGCAUGAGAGUUGCUGUAGAUUUUGAAUGUAAUUAGUUGCCUUUUCCCAUUCCUGGUCCCAGAGGCAGCGUUCAUGUCGACAAGAGACCCCUUCCUGCAGCGUCUUGGUUUUUUUUAAAAGGUUCCCCCAUCGGAGGAUAAGGAUAUACUGUAGGUAUCUAUCUUAGCAUUAAACAGUAAUUAUGCUUACCUGAAAAAAAAUUCUUUUCUAUUCCUUUAGCUGGCCUUGACUCAUCGAGAACUUGGUAUGAUGAACUCUGUGAAAUUACCAUUUGGAGAGGUACUAGGCAGGGUAAGAAACUUAGCGAUACUGAACUGAGCUGGUCAAACUCUCAGUGAUCAUGGAAGUGUGAAGUGCUUUUAAAACUCAGAUUGCCUGCUGAGUUAGAGCUUGAGAAGCUCAGCGUACAGAUGCAUAGGUGGGUAGCUAUUAACCAGCAGGGACAGGAAUCAAAGGCACAAGAGGCAGCCAGCAGCACGUACCUGUACCCUCUUCGUGCUGCGCGGGCCGCCAGCCGUACGCUGCAAGUCAGAGGCAGGAACAGAAGAAGGGUGGCCGGUGUUGGAGCGUGGCACCUGGCUUUAGGGGCUUUUUGCUCGAUCCUUAGCAAGAUAGACGGGACUUGUGCUGCUGGGGCCAUACCGAUCUGGCUCGCUGGCAGGGCAGAUGAGUGUUGGGUACAAAGGGGAAGUUGCGUGGCGUUUUGCAUAGCAUCAUUUCUUAAAUUUUUGGAAAUUCAGUCAAAGCUUGUAGGGCUUGAAUCAAGAUGGAGAGAGGGGCAAGUUCAUGCAAAGUACGCUUAAGUGGGUACUGCCCUUAAACCUACAAUCUAGCUCCAAGUGUAUAUAGUCAGGAAAGCGCAGGAACAAGCAUAUAAGGUGUCUAGUUAUUGCAGAUGUUCUGUGUUCAUUGCAGCCACUCUUCUCCAGUGAUCCAGCUCUAGAUUGGAAUAUGGUGUCAUGCAUACUAGUCCGACUGCCUUCUCGUACCUUGCGAUAGCUGCCCACAGAAAGCACCUGGAAUCAGAAAGGCUGCUCCAAGAAUUUCCCUUCAGCCCUUAUAGUUGAGAUUUCUGGAUGCACUGUGACUACUACCUCACCCCAAUGCUUUUUUUUUUUUUUUUCUCCCCCCCCCCCUCCCCUAAACCAGUUACCUAUUUUUAAAAUAGGUUUUUAAAUGUUUGCUCAUUUUGGUCUAUGAGGGUUCACAGACUUUUUAGAUUAGAGCAAUGUCUACUCAUAAGAGAUGGGGUUUUGGUGUUUAAUUUAAGCAGUUUUGUAAACUGUCUACAUCUUUGGGGAAACUAAGCUACUAUUGUUUUUCCCCCUAAAACUAGUUGAGAAGCCUGACUGCUUUUAAAUAAAAUCAGAAAGUUAAAACUGAUUUUAAAACAGCUACUCAAUUUCCUUUAAAAUAAGCAAUUUUUUUUUGUAUUUAGAACAUCAGUGGUAUAAUUAAUGGCAUUUGUAGGCGAAGUCAAUCAAUUAACAGAGCUCAGUACAGAUUUCAACCUGCCAUGUUGGUUUUAAAUCUACACCGAAGAAGUUGUAACUAACUCUGUUAUUCACUAAUGUAUACAAAUUGUUACAAUUUUUAAACAUUCUGGAAAUGUAGCAGUUUCUUUUGGUAGGAAAUAAAAAUAAUAGAAAAUUA